UGAGACGUUAGCAAACCAUUAUCACAUCCAACCAGAGAUCAGAUCUUGUGGUUGUCAUAUUCGCGUUGUUGUACCAUUAACCACGUUCUUGAUUAGAAAUCUAUAUUAAAGUAAUAAACACACAUAACUGGAAUGACCUUGAUAAGGAAAGUGUGCGUCUUUCUUCUAUUGAAUUUCAUAAAUGAAGUCAGCAUGUUGAACACAUGUAACAAGAAAAUCAUUGAAAACAUCUACAAAUUAUGCCCUCAAGCCAAUAAUAUCCUGGAAAGGACAAGUUCGAUGGGCCACGUAACUUAUUACACUGCCCCCAAGAAGGAUGUGACGCCGGGUGUAAAGUGUGUGAAGACUAUUGUGGAACCUCCCGUCCACAAAUGUACAGAUGUCCACACCAUUUACUACUUCGAUAAUACGACAAUUCCUCCACGCCAACAGGACUACAAACAGUGCGAAAAAGGAAAGGCACAUGUUACAGAAAUAGAUGAACCUCUGUACUUAUAA